AUGGCCUCCAUACCUUCCAGUUUCACCUCAAAAAAGGAGAAGAUACUAAGGGACCUGUCUGUCCCUGAAGAAGACUAUACAGACCUAUCCCCCAAGGGCUCGGUGGAUGUUGCAAUUAUACCUCUUAUACGGGACAUCAACCGGCUGCCGGGCCUUGUGACGACGAGCAGCUGCGCUGGGCGCAUCAGUGUGUUCGUCGAACGAGGGAAGGGAGGCAAGGUCCAGGCUGAUAUCACUGCCCCUGGCACUGAGAGGGCUCUUGACGGUCGUGAAAACACCUCCUCAGAAGAUAAACCCGGUCACGACAAGCGUAUAAGGACAGAAUAUGGGAAUAAAUUCGUUCCUAAGGGGGGGAAAGGCAGUGGAACAUGGCAAUUUGUCUCCCAUGACCCCCUGAUAUUCGAUGGCGAGAAAGCGGACAAGAGUCUGCAUGAACUUUUUGGGCUAAAGCCGUCGAGGACCGCAAUAAACCCAAGUGAAAAAGGCGAAAUACAACUGGUCAAAUUCAAAUUCGAGCCUAUGAUUCUCCAUAUAAUGGCUGCAUCUCUAAGCCAUGCCCAGCCUGUCCUUGCUGCUGCCAGUAAUGCAGGCUUCAGAGAAAGUGGACUCCAGGGCCUUCGAUGCCUCGAGGACCCGGAAGCAUGUCCUAUUGUCGCUGUACGAUCCUCCGGCCUAGGACUUGAGUCAAUCAUAGGCUAUAUUGAAAACGAUGGUUCGCCUGAAGCUACAGCCCGUAGUUUCGUAACCGAAGAGUAUCUGCAAUUGCUUGUUCAAAUUUCGAAUGAACGGUUUGCAAUUAACACGGAGCGCAUGGAAAGAUUUAGGAUGAAACUCUUGCAUUUAGGUGGAGGGCAAGCGCUUGGUAACCCUAACCUGCAAUGGGAGGACCCAAUAGCUAGGAGAGCAAGAAAGAGAGCGGAAGGGCUGGAAAGGGGCAAAGCCGCGAAAGAAGCACGAAAGCCAGAAAAUUUGGCUUCAGUGAUUGAUGAUGAUAUGAUAUUUGGAGUUAAUACGCUAGGCAUAUAA